GCCACCUACAAAGUCUUUAAUUCGUUAAGAUUUUGAAAUAUUUUUAAAUAAAAGUUAUAAUAGUGAAUGAAAACUUUCGAUUUCGGGCGAUUUGUUAAGCUAUCUUGCUUUAGAGAUGAUAAUUUACAAGAAUCCCUAUCGAAAAAUUGAAUAAAUGAAAGAAAAAUCCGUAGGUGCCUCUUUGGCGGGAUCACACAAACAGUUGUUCUAAUGGCCGCAAAUGUAAUCAUACUGAAUGGACUUACGUGUUGAGAGGAGACGAUACUUUCAAAGGUGAGAGCUUUGACAAGACGUCUCCGAUCAUACGAACCCCAAAAUGACUUCGACUGUUACAUCUGCGGCAUUACAAAACACGCGGAGCAAAAGGUCUUUGGUUGAGACUGAAGAGGCUGCUGUACCAGACUCGACAACCAGUGUGGAGAAGGAGAGGGUAGGAUUCAGUCCUGGGCAAGAUGUUCUUUUAAAACACAAGGAUGGCAGGUACUACCUGGGGACUGUGGUAGAAGUUGAUAGUAUUAGAGAACAGUGUUUAGUGAAAUUUGGAGACAACACAGAGAACUGGUCCAGUGUCAAGGACCUGACCAAACUUAGCACACCUGAACAAGAGGACCUGCUGUGUGUUGUCUGUAAAAAAUCUGCACCAAAGGACAAGCAUGAGAUCUCUGUCUGUGAUAAGUGUGGCCGCGGUUACCAUCAACGCUGUCACCAGCCUGAGAUCCCAACCAUUUGCCUUAAAGAAGGAACGAGUUGGAUGUGUAGAAGGUGUAUGGAGAGUGAGCCCCAUAGGCAACGGAGAAACGCCGAGUACAAGCAGCUGCGUAAGGAUUCCAUCCGUAAGAUUUGCUCAGGAAUUGACAACUCCACAUCCUCCUUACUUCCCACUUCGUUUCCCUAUGACCCGUACGCUUUAAAUUGGGACGCUUAUCACCGAGUCAAUAUGGAACAAAUUUAUUGUUAUUGUGGCCAGAAUGGAGAAUGGUAUACCCAAAUGCUGCAGUGUGGUCGGUGUCGACAAUGGUUCCAUGAGAAGUGCGUUCGAUGCCUUCAGUAUCCUCUUUACUGUGGUGAUAGGUUCUACGUAUUUGUGUGUGCUAUUUGUAAUUAUGGAAAAGAGUUCCUUCGUCGGUUAGAGCUGAAAUGGGUCGACCUGGUGCAUCUGAUGGUCUUUAACUUGACUGCUUACCAUUCUAAGAAGUAUUACGACCUCGACACUGUUAUCAUUCCAUACAUAAACGAUAAUUGGCAUGCUUUACAACUACCACCAAAGAUUUACAAUGUAUCGAAGGUAGAAAGGAGAGAAAAUAUUUUGUCGGUGCUUACAAACAAUAGGAUUCGUUUCAAAUGUGGCCGUGAAAUCAAGAAGAGGACGACAAUAUGGGGUUUAAGGGUACGACUUCCGCCCCCGGCCCCUUGCGUAACUCUACCACCGACAGGGCCUGUUUGCGAGCAGGAACUUAGAGAACGAUGGCAAGGGAACAGAAAGUUGCAGUUUUUACCGCUUUUCAAAGCCAACGACACUAAAAUGAUCAUCCCCGUCGAUAAUCACAUGCUCAAUAUCAUGAUGGGUACCGCAUAUCAAGAGAGCAGCGCCCUGUCAGAGACGGAAUCCCCAUGCCCUAGUCCAGACGCCGACUUAGCAGAAGAAAAUAGACUCGAAAUGAAUUCGAAAUUGUAUAUUAAAAACGAGUUUCAUGGGGCCGGAUGCGCGAAGAAGAGCGUCCCGUUCCCGAAAAUCAGUCUCCAACGUCGCAAACAAUUCCUGAACAGUAUGAAUCGGGAACGGGAGAAGUUGCUCCGUAAACAGAAAGCAAAGCCGCCGGAGGUGAAAGAAGAACAAGACAAAACUGCAAUUUUACCUCCGACGCCUCCCACGUCUGUUUCGGCGCCUCCUACACCGCCGUCAGUCAUUCAAGAUCAAGCUGAAAAAUUGGUAGAUCCUACCAACUCCUUAGAAUUUCCAAACACGCCUUGCGACACAUCCGGUGAUGAAACGUCGUCAAAGAGCACAUUAGACUUGAUAAUACCGCCCCCGAAGGACUUUAAAGGCAAGAACAAUCCGUUUUUGACGCUUCUAAGAGGUACAGGAGACGACGGCAGCGCGUUUAGAGGCAAAAAACGACGCAGCAAGGAUGCUAUCACAUUACCCUUACCUCUGACUGCUGUUAUACCCGGGACUCCAGUAAUUCGCCCUAUGAAACGCCAACUGAGCGAAAAGGACAUAUGUAUAGGCCCGAAUGGGGAGGUUAAAAGGCGUCGCUUGCGAAGGGGACGUGUCGGGCAAAUGGCCAUGUACACGGCAACGGGACAGCCCACUGCAAGCAAAACGGCUACGGUAGUCCCCGCUCGUCCAGAUCAACGCAGCCUACGAUCUAGUCUCCAACAGCAAACAACGACUAACACAUCAUCGUCGUCCCAAAUUUCCAGUUGCGUGGACUACGCUCUGAACGGACGUCGACUUCGACAGCGCCAGGACAAAAACGAAAAGGAAAAAGUCCCUAGUUCCACCUCUUCCAAUCCGCCUACCCCCAAACCUAGUCCCGUUAAACAGGAGCCCGACAUAGACAUGGACGAUUUGAAGAGUUCCGUGAAUAUUUAUUUCGGAGCUGCCAACAGGAUUGCAGCGGGCGAACGGUUUGCCGUCAAAGCUAAACGUGUGGGGCCUUGCGGGAGAAUACAAUACCUGAUAGAAUGGGAGGGACCUAGUAAUGGAAUGACCUGAUCGAGAGCUACCGUCGACGGUACGUCGUGGGGGCACGUGAGGAUCACAGUCACCGCUGCAGUCGUGCUACACGUUGUUGUUGUGACUUUGUAAGUAAAGUAAAGUACGAACAGGUGGUGGGUGGCUACGAUGUGGCGAGGGAUUAAGAGUGGUUCAUGUACGAUGUCGUCGUAGAUUAAUUAAUUGAUGUUUGGUGUAGUAAUGUCUACGAAAAAUUACGUAAUUUUGAUCAAAAUUGGUGGACUUUUUUUAUGGGCUUGAUUAUUGUUUUAUUUGGGGUUUGAUUGACGGGGCCGUGUACAGGCCAUUACAACAACAACAACAACAACAAAAACAGCAACAGCAGCAGCAGUAGCAGCCAGCAGCACAAACUGCCUUCGUUUAAUAAUUAUUAAUUGAAAAGGUGUUUCUCGACUGCCAAAUUUCUUUAUCACUGCCAUUCUUGUUAUGUAUGGUUUCGUUAUCGAUUAAUAACUAAAUACAUUUCUGUUAUUAUUAUCGAUACUGUAUGUAGAAUUAUUAUUUGUACAAAUGGGUUAGUUAGGGCAUCAUUUAGUUGAAUAAAGUACAGCGACGACAUUAUUAAUUAUGUAAUUAUUAUUAUCUAUUAAUUUUUGUAACGUACUCUUCUGAAUGCUUUAAUUGUGUUGUUUGUAUGUAAUUCUUUUUUUAACUGCUGGACAUUGAGACAGAUUCAGAGGAUCGCUUGCUGUACUUUUUGCAACCCUUUUGCUACAAAAAAUGAAUUAUUGUUCAGCUGUGAUUGAGCUAAAAUAAUUCCCUAAAAUUAGGCAUUUAACUGUGACUGUUCAAACAUUGACGUUCUGGUAAUUUGGAUUUUUAGCUAACACGCUGUUUGUAAAUAAUAUAUUAAUAACAUAUUACCUGUAAAAAUGCAAAAAGUUCAUUUUUUUAGUUAGUUUAUUAGUAAUUUUUAGGCAAGAAAAUGUAUAAAGACGUUCUUUUUUGAGGUAGAUAAAAACCAAAUUAUCAGGACCUGUUAUUUUUUCUUUUUAAUUAAUUAAUUAAAUAAAGUCACUCUCGUUGUUAUACUCAACAUUACUUUUACGAAUAUUUCCGCUUUAUAAUUCAACCUUGAUUUGUCUACUGUAAAUUAAGAGCUGUGUACAUUUUCAACUUCAAUUUAUUAUUUAUAAUGGAGUAGUUGAUGAGACUGACUUUCUUGGGUAUAACUAAUGUAUUUGCGAUGUGAUCGCCUAUUUAGCGUAAUCCCCAUAGACCAUUUUGUUGUAUACUUUUACCCCUUAGGUAAGAAAAAAUAUAAGAACUGCCUGUUUUGUCGUAUUUAAAUGAAGAAAAGAAAUGCAUACAAAUUUCAGUACUAAAUUGUAUUUUUAUCAAACGUUAAAUAAAUCGACAACUAGU